AUGGCUUCUACAGUAGAGAAAAAUAACAUAACAGAUGUCCAUGACAACACUACCAAUGACGAAAAGGACCAACAAACACAGCCAGAUGUGGAUUUGGACGAAGAAUACACUUUGCCAGAACAAAGAAAGAUAAUACACAAAGUGGACCGGCGUUUACUCAUCAUUCUCGGUUUGAUACAGGCUGUCUCCUUUCUCGAUCGAGCAAACAUGUCCAAUGCCGCCGUUGCUGGCAUGACUAAAGAUUUACAACUAGGGGUUUCCAAUCGCUAUUCAAUAAUCCUCAUUGUUUUCUUUGCACCAUAUGUUAUAGCGCAGUAUCCUGCUUCGAUAUUGGUUAGAAAGAUUGGGCCGCGCAUCUUUCUCUCUUCUGUCACCCUUCUUUGGGGCAUAAUCAUGCUUUGCUUCAGUUUCGUCCAACAUUGGACGUCCUUGAUAGCGCUACGCUUCCUCCUUGGAAUUUUGGAAGCAGGCAGUUUUCCAGGGCUUUACUACCUCGUUUCUGCCUGGUAUUCACGAUUCGAUUUGUAUAAACGUACCUCGGUAUUUUAUCUUAUUGGUGUCCUGGGGUCCGCCCUUGGAGGUGUUUUAGGGGCAUCCUUUUCGCAGAUGAAAGGUCUGGCCGACUAUAAUGGAUGGCGGUGGAUCUUCAUCAUGGAGGGUAUAAUCACAUGUCUUAUAGGCAUGGCGAGCUUUAUCUUCACGGUUGAUUUCCCUGAGCAAGCGCACAAGGCCUGGGGUUUCUUGACGGAAAGCGAAUCGGCAUUCAUCAUUCGCCGUCUCAAUCGUGACCGUCAGGAUGCAGAGCCGGAGCUUUUCUCGAUCCGUAAAUUUCUCAAGCCUGCAGGUGACUGGAAGAUAUGGAUUUUUGCAUUAAUGUUCUUUUGUUCAACCAUUCAGGCCUACGCGAUCGGCUACUUCUUGCCCAUCAUUCUCAAGGAAGAGCUUGGCUUUACGGAAGUACAGGCAAACGGAUUGAGCACGCCACCAUAUGUCGGCGCCAUGCUGCUCAUGUUUGUUGAAGGGUAUCUCAGCGACAAGAUCCGCCUGAGGUAUCCCUUUUUAUACUUGAAUGCCUGCAUGAAUAUUACUGGGUUGUGUCUGAUGGUGUGGUCCCGCUCGUCUGCUGUCCAGUAUCUGGGCACCAUGUUCUUGACGGCAGGCUGCAGCGCUGCCAUUCCUCUUAUCAUGGCCUGGCAGGCAAACAAUAUUCGUGGCACCUGGAAGCGCGCUUUCUGCAGUGCUAGCAUGAUCAGUUUUGGGGGAAUCGGCGGAAUUGCUGGAUCCCUCGCCUUUAGAUCAGAAGAUGCACCAAAAUAUCUUCCAGGCAUUUACGCCUGCUUAACAGCCAACGGUGUGAUAUUAGUGCUUGGUGUAAUCAUUGUGCUACAUUUUUGGAUCCAGAACCGGCGUGCGAAUGCCGAACAGACGGUAAUCGAAGGACUUAUAGGGUUCAGGUAUGCGUUAUAG